GUGGCUGACUGCAUGUGUCGUACAUGUUUUUGUGAAUUGCAGACUUGUGGAGCUCGAGUGUGUUGUGCUAAAUUGUGUGUAUUCUCCGUAUUCUAGAGCCAUAUCGAACUUAGAGCAACAAUGACUGACAAGGCAGUAACCGUAGAAGUGAAUGAAGAUGAGAAACCAAAAUGUCUGAGUGCAGCUCCUGAAAGCAACGACCAGACAGAAAACGCCAAACCGGAAAAGGAAAUACUUCCCAAAUGCACAGUUCCAUCAGACAGCUCGGCUAGUUCAAGGAAGGAUGGAAAAGACGGGAAGAAAGAAGGGAAAAAGAGCAAAAAAGUGAAGGAUGCAGAUCACUUCAGUCGAGCUGUCCUGCAAAAUCUCACCGGGCUUCAAACCACGGAAGAAAAGAUUGGCUGUCUUAGUAAGAAAUAUGCAGAAUUGAUGGUAGAGCAUAAAACCCUCCAGAGGGAUUCCAAGGUACAGCAGAAGCAUCAAGCGUUGUUACAGAGGGAACGAGAUCAGCUUCAGAGUGAACACGGCAGAGCGCUGCUGGCUAAGAGCAAACUGGAGAGCUUGUGCAGAGAGCUCCAGCGCCAUAACAAGUCAAUCAAGGAAGAGAGUUUGCAGAGAACUAAAGAAGAGGAGGAAAAAAGGAAGGAGGUCUCGGCCAAGUUUCAGCAAACUAUCAAUGAGAUCACAGCCCAGAUGCAGGAUAACCACACCCGCAACCUCAAACUGAAAGAAGAAAACCUGGAGCUAGCAACCAAGCUGAAGAGUCUCGUGGAACAAUACGAACGAAGAGAAGAGCACAUCGAGAAGUUGUUUAAGCACAAGGAACUGGAGUCGCAGCUGUUUGAUGCCAAGAUACAGCAGGCAAAUAUCGCAAUGCUGGAGGAGAAAGAAAGAAACCAAAGAGAGAAAGCUCUGUUGUUGGCUGAUGCGACUGAUAGUCAGAGGAAGUGUGAACUGCUCACCAAGCAAGAAUCUCAACUUAAAACACAGCUAACAGUAUACACAGAGAAGUUUGAGGAAUUUCAGAGCACACUGACAAAGAGUAAUGAGGUGUUUCAAACAUUCAAGCAAGAAAUGGAUAAAAUGACAAAGAAGAUAAAGAAGCUUGAGAGCGAGACUAACAUGUGGCGUGUACGGUGGGAAAACACCAACAAGUCACUCCUUAUCAUGGCAGAACAGAAAACGCACCAUGAGCGGGAGGCUACAGAGAGUCGUAGUAAAGUAGUUCGUUUAGAGAAGCUGUGUCGUGCAUUACAGGGUGAACGCAACGCUCUACUAGACAAAGAAAGGACAGUCGCAGCAAACGAAACCGAAGGAGUAUCGUCUGAUGUCGCUGUCACCAACUCCAAGGCACAAGAUAGGAACGUAUCAUCAAGUCAACAGGAGACAGCAGCAGUGCAGGAUCCUGCCAGAAACUCCGCAGCACCUCCGUCAAACUCUGAGUCUGCCGGCGCCACUCAUCAGGAGAAUCAGUGUAUCCAGUCAGAAAGUGGUCAAGGGAGCGAAGAGGCAUCCAGUGGAAAAUGAGCCCUGGGUUCCGUGAAUAAUUAGUAGCUCUAGCAAUAAUUAACUAGAUUUGCUUUGUUAUGCUUAGUAAGAGCCUUGUUUUUAAAGGUAUUUUUUUACAGGGCAACUUGGAGGCAACCAACUUCACUGAAUACAAGAGAAAUGAUUUUGCUGCACAAGAUCGUUUUUGUUUGUUUUUUUCUUAGACAAAAUCUCUCAGGAAAAAUAAUGAACCGAUUGUCUUUUUAAUUUGUUGCGAUAUUUGUUUCGUCUUGGCGAUUGCCUGGAACUGGUUGCUUGAAAUUGUCUUUUGUGACAAGGUUCUUGAGCUCCAGGGCUGUGUAACGCUAGGUGAUUUAUACAGGUAAAUAGAUCUAAGCAACAUCCAACAAGGAAAAUUUCCAUUCUCGCUUAAGGUAGGGUCAAACUUGGGUACUGAUGACCCCAAAGGAAAUCAGAUAGCUUUUAUGCGAAAGCCUACUUGUUUAUACAUGGUCGCAAGCUUGUAAUGGUCGUCAGUAUCUUCAAAAUUAGUUUGUCUGAAACCUGCCGCUAUUAAUUAGAAAUCACUGCUGAUGUUUUUAUUUGGCCAGAGAUGCAUUUACUUCAUUACUCAGUGCCACUUUCCAAAACAUGGAUAGAUUCGAUGUUGUCAGUGAAAAUACCUUACAGUUUUUGGCUGUUUUCUCAAUUAGUUAGCAAUGUUUUCAACUGAAACUUUCACAGGUGACUUUUAUUGUAUCUUUCUUGACAAAACAGUUGAUGAUGAAAAAACCCCAAAACAAGUUCUAAGCCUACAUGUACCUUUAACUUGUUCAGUGAACGUUCACGGUGGCUUGGUAAGACACUGUAAGAAAAUUGUCGCUCGGUAUUAAUACCAAAAUGUUCUGUUUGCGGGCUGUUCAGUUGGUUGCUUUCCUAUUGCCUAUAAAAGUUACCUGGUGUGACAAGACUGUGAGAUGUAGCAUUUGUUAGAUUUUUAAAAAGAAGAGUGCAGGGUGUGUGUGGGAAAGGGGGGGGGGCGCUAGGUGGGACCCAUGGUCGAAGUUUUUUCAAGUAGGAAAUCAUUGCCAAAUGUACAUGUCAUGUUUUGAUGUCUUUCGCAUACGCUGUGUGUUUGUAAGUGGUCGGUGAAAUUAAAGGCAGUGGAUGGACACUUGGUAUUUACUCAAAAUAAUUAUCAUCAUAAAACCUUACUUCGUGACGAG